CAAUUAGCAACCAAUCAAUAGGUUAUGUUUUUGUAAUUGUUUAUAUUUACAUUUUUACAAUUCAAAAUGUGAAUAACAUUUUCAACAAAAGAAAAUAUGAGACUGUAUACUAUAUUGCAACUUGGGAUACUACUCUCAAUAGCUCUAGUUAUUUUUUACUUGUAUAGUAUAAGACUAAUUAACACUACAGACAUAUUAGAGGAAGCAGAAUUUGAAGAAGUGGUAGAGGAUAAUGAAGUUACCACUGAAAGAAUAUAUUUUAAAAAAUCAGAUAUUGUUGUGGCAGUUGUGGCCUGUGGAGAUAGGCUAUUUGAAACACUAAAUAUGCUAAAAUCUGCUCUUAUGUUCAGCAAGGAGAAGCUUAAUUUUAUUAUAGUGUCCGAAGAGAGGCUAAUUGAUAGUUUUAAUGAAAAAUUAGGAGAAUGGAAAGCUUUCAUGAAUAAUGGAUUUACUUUUAAAGUUUUGCCAUUGACGUUUCCAUCAGAUAAUCCCUUGGAAUGGAAGAAGCUUUUUAAGCCAUGUGCAGCACAGAGAUUAUUCUUGCCAAAUCUCCUAGAAAAUGUAGAUUCUAUUUUAUAUAUGGAUACAGAUACAUUAUUUUUGACACCCGUAGAAACCGUUUGGGAGCAUUUUAAUAGGUUUAACUCUAGUCAAAUGGCUGCGUUAGCUCCAGAACAUGAAGAUCCAAACGUAGGGUGGUAUAAUAGAUUUGCCAAACAUCCAUACUAUGGAAAAUUAGGGGUAAAUUCAGGUGUUAUGUUGAUGAAUUUAACCAGAAUGAGAGCCUUCCAAUGGAAAGAGUAUGUGGUUCCUAUUUACAAAAAAUACAAACUUAAGAUAACUUGGGGUGACCAAGAUAUCAUCAAUAUAAUCUUUCAUUAUCAUCCUGAUAAACUGUACAUUUAUUCCUGCCGAUUUAACUACAGGCCGGACCACUGCAUGUAUACCAGUGUGUGCAAGCCAGCUGAAUCUGAGGGUGUAGCUGUAAUUCAUGGCUCUAGGGGAUUUUUUCAUUCAGAAAAACAGCCUAUUUUCCAAGCUGUCUAUCGAUCAUUUGAAGAGUAUCCGUUAGGUGGCGACAUCUACCGGGAAUUCUACCAACUUCUAGAGACGUACUUAGACAACUCUCAGAACAACAAUUGUGGUAAUGUGAAAGAUAUUUUUCUUAAGAAUAUACGUAAGUACAUUGACCUUGACGUCGACACUAAAUAAACGUCCAAUAUGUGAGCUUAUAUAGAUCGUAUAUUAAUUGUUUUGACCAUAGGCGUCGAUAGCGUUUUACAGGGGGCACGUGAUAUAUAAAAAGUUUUGAACAAAGUGUAUUAUAUUGGCGAUUUUGCAUUUUUCAAGAGGUAGAAUUUAUGUAGACUGUAUUUGUUAUUUUAUCUUUCAUAUAAACCUUUCUCUAAUAUGGAGGAAUGCUCAUAUAUAGAACAAGAACAAGUGAUAUAUUAAAACAAGUAACAUCAAUUGAAGGGAAAGCUGGGUUCUUUUUCAAGCUUGAUGUUCAAAAAUCUAGCCUAGAUAAAACACAAAAUUGUUCAUUAGACCUUGAAAUACUGAAAAUAAUUUUUUUCCUACAAAUUCUACUAUAACGUCAUUGACUUAUCAGUGACAGACAAAUUUAAAAUUUAUACUUUCGCAGAUUCACCAAAUUGUAUCCAUUUCUUUAACUAAGGCAAUAAUAUACCAGCUGCACAAAUAUUUACUAAUAUUCUCAACCAAUACAUCUUAGGAUAGUAAAUUAAACACCGAACUUGAUAGACGACGUUUUUUUGGACAUUUGCAAUGUGGUGUGACAUAAAUAUGUGUUAAUGCAGUGGUUUCCAACAUUUUUGUACCUGUGCCCCCCUUAAAAAAACAAAAAAUUGUUGCGCCCCUUAAUUUUUCUAACAAUCUAAUUUCAUAAAUACCCAACUGAUAUUGUUAUUUAAUGGGCUACAAAAUAUUAUACAAUAUCAUGUAAAAAUAUAUAUAAAAAAAAUAAUAAAAUUUGCUUUUUAAUAGUAUUUAACCCCAUUUUUAAAUUCAUUUUCAGACAUUUUGUUACAAUUUCCUAAGCUAAUUGUAACAAACAAUUGUAACAGCUGCAUUCCCCCUUGCAACAGUCUAGCGCCCCCCUAGGAGGACGCGCCCACAUAUUGGAAACCACUGUGUUAAUGACUUUUGUGUGAGCUUCUUCAUACUACAAAAAACUGUUUUCACUUAAAAGAAUACUAUUAUGUACUUAUACAGUGUUAGAACUCGAAGAACUGAACAUACAACAAAUAUAUCUUGCAAGGUCGCUAAUUAUUAAGUUCGUUUGUCUACUAUAGUUUAUAAUCUGGAAGUUAGACUAGAGUUAAAUAUUUUUGGUAGGUAUUACAUAAUAUAAAAACUUUUUAAAACAUCCAAAGACAAAAAUCAUUAUCUGACUGGUGGAUACUGGGACUUUAUCAACACUUCGAUUUGUUAAGUUGCAAUUUUUUUGUUAAAAAAGAGUUUUGGGCCAUUUUGAUGUUUUUUAUAUUAUUAGUAUUUGCAUCGUCUUAGCGUGCUGUACUAGAUCAAACGCUUUCUCGUAAUCAACCAAACAUGCGUAUAUAUUGCAACUGACGUCUCUGCUGUGUUAUUGUUUCUGCAGAGUUGUAUAUAUUGUUGAUCAUCUUUGUGAUUAUUGCUAUUGUUUCGUUGUCCAUUAGUUUGAGUAGUUCUGCUUGUAUAUUAUCGGGUCCUGCUGCUUUACCAUCCCUUAGCUGUGUCAUUGCAGAAUAAACUUUCUGCUGUAAUAUUCUUGGUCCAUCAUUUACCUCUUCUUCUAGCGCAAAGGUGUAAUAUCUUUCUUCAAAGAGCUAUAUGAUGUAUAUAGUAUAUAUAAAGUGCCAAAACAACAAAUACAGUAUUUUAACGAAGAAGUACGUUAAAGAAAUAUAGCAAAAUUGUAUUAACUCAGUAAAGGUUGUAGCUGUGAUAUUUUGUAUCAUUCAUACUCUUUUGAAGAUCUGUAUAUCUAUGACAGCAUAAAAUUGACCAUCUAACCUUCGACAUACAGUGGAAAUUGUAGGAAACACGAAUUCCAAUGAAAUAUCUGUCCAAUAAUUAAUGGGGUAUUUAUUCUACAGUCCAACAAACAUAGCUCAAAGUCUGAAAAUAACCACGCUCAUGAUGCGCGCGCAUUCGUCAUGCGACGGACCUCGCACUCACACUCAUGGUGCAGACCGUUUGUAUGUGCGUUUUCACUUCAUUGUUUGCGCAGGCAAUGGAAAUUUCACACGUUCAGCUAUGUUUGGCGUACGGUACGUAAAAUAUGCAUUCCUUAUUCCUAUAUCAUUGUUGUGGUUUUUUUUAAUCGAAUCGGGUAAAUAAAUUAUAGAAUCUCGACUAAUAUUGAUGGAUCUCAUCUUUUGCUCUCGACGUCCGUGCUUUAGAUGGAUAUUUUUAAUGCUAAUGUCAAAUUGUUUUUUUCCGAAUCAUAUUUUUAUAGUAAUUAUAACUUACAUAUAUCGUACUUGGCAAGUUUAUACCUGAUACAUCACAACUUUAUUCAAAGUGACUAAAAAUGUGAAGUAAAUAUCAGCAUAUUGUAACACAAAUUACGCCCCUAUAUACAGAAAUUGGUCUUUUUAUACCUGUAUAAUAAAAUUGAGAUAAUUCAUGUAAACAAUGGAAAAAUCCAGAAGAAGAAGAAGAAUCGUAGCUUCGUAACAAUAUGAUUACUAAAAAUUCAUAUUUUUCCAAGUUUUUAUUUGAAUUUAUAAACAGGAAAUAAUUGUGAGGGGUAAAUCUGGCGAAUAGAGUGGAUGGUCGAUCAAUUUGUAUUCCAGUUGAUGUAAUCCACCCCCUUAUCUAUGGUGUAAUCUUAUCUGUACAAUGGCCUCCUUGCGAGCAAGGAAUGUUUUUGCGAGACAAACCAGGGAGCAUUUGCUAAAAUCGGUGUCUAAAGAUUCCAAUAAAGCUAUGAUUAUAUCCAAAACAGUAGCCAUUGUCUUUAUGGCCGAUCGGUUUGGGUCUUUGUCGCUUUGCAGACACUCUUUAAGUGACUGCGCCAUUUAAUAUAUGUGUAAGUUAUAUUUAGAUCUUUUUGUUUUUUGGUUGUGACUCGUGUAAAUAAGAUCAAAAUUUUUAUGCUAAUCCAUCCAUGUUUAGAUAUAUAAAGUAAGUAGACUUAAUGUUAAGUUUUAGCUGCAAGAAUUUGAAAAAUUCUUGCAGUAAAAGAGCUCCACGCAGCGAAAGUUUAUCCUAAAUAAUUAUUAUUUUUGUUAUUGUAAAGACGCUACAAGAUAGCGUAUAAGUUUUAUUGAGCAGAUGGAAGAACAUGUUUUCUUAUAUCUUGUUCAAUGGAUAAUGUUUGUUUUCUCUUUCAUGAGAAAGGUCUGCAAAUUUUUUCUUUGUGAAUGACCUUAGAGCCUUUUGGAAUUUGGGUGGUUCGAGCUUUAUAAGUUGUCAAAUUGUAAGGAUGCUGCUUUACAGUGCUCCUUUUUCAAAAUAGAUAAUGUGUCUUGAUUUUUUACAUUUGUUCAUUAUAAACAAAGAUAAGCCCAUUAUACAUAUAGGUCUAAUAUGUAGGACAAAGAAACUAAUGGUUUUCUAAGAGAUUAGAUGAAUAAUAACGAAUAAUCUCACCUCACAUGCUUUAUUUGUUUGAACACACUGUUUGUUAGAUACAAUAUGGACAGGAAUACAUACGGGGCUGAAAAAAAAAAUAAAUAAGCCAUUGGAAAUAACUUAUAAACGACUUAAUCAAUUUACAGCACCCGGUAUUGUACCUAAGGUCAUGAGAUUCAAGGCUCAAACUUUAAACGUAUGACUUAAGUUAGCUGUCAUGCAAACUCAUCUAUGAUGAUAUAAACUUUCGCUUUGGUGUUCUUAGUAUAAGGAAUUGGUGCAUAUAUUAUCUAGUUAGUUGCAAUAAAUGAAUCGCUAUCCGGUUGUUAUAAGUUUCUCUUGUUUUUUUUUGUAAAGUUUAUAUACAAAGAUUUUAUUGAUAGUUUUAUGAAUAGUUACUAACACCCAAUUUUAUUGGUUUAAGAUUUUAGAAUAACAGCGUAGUGAACAAAAAUCUAUGAAUGUUUAAUACUUUAUGUCAUUUGUAAUGGAUCCGUAUUCAUUUUUAACUUUUGUGAGGAAUAUUGGGUUAAAACAUGUUGAACGCCGCGCGAAUCAUAUACGAUUCACGCUUAUUUUACUUACAGGGCCGCGCGAAUCACACUUGCUUUGCAGUGACUGCUAUACUAUAUGGACCUCGGCUAAGUCGGUCCAGAGAGCCGUAAUAUUGUAUACAUUACGGCGUUCAACGUGUUAACAGUUUGUGACACGAACAGUGUCAGCUAAAAAAAUUACUAUUAUAAGUAGGAAAGGUUUUUUGAUAACACUGUAUAUGGAAUCAGAACGGAGAGAGAAACAACAACAGUCAUAGAGGGGAGUCUGGUGAGAGUGCUCACUCAGUGAGAGUGAGAGUACUAGCACAAUUUAACAGAUUGGUGAAAACGUAUUUAUUUUCGGAUUGCCAAAUCUUCGUUGACGACAGCAUUUACCAAAUGUAAUGUGAAUAUUGCAAAAAACUGUUUAAUACUGAGUUCUUUGUGUAAAAUCUGCUGUACCGUUUCUUCUGAAGUGCUUACAGUCUCAGGUAUAUCUUAUAUACAUGGUAUUCGGUAACGAAUGGGCCAUAGCUUAACCUUAGAUUCCUGAGGUUAAAAUAGGUCGAUUUAAGCUAACUUAUUUUAGUACGAAAUUUGAUAAUAACCGAAAUACAGGGUGUCAAAGUUAAACUUUUUUUUAUUUAUUAUUGAAUAUUUCCUGACAGGCAUUGGAUAACAACACGAAAUUUGGUAAGCGGUUUUUUGGGACGAGAAAUCUACAUUCGCCACCAAAAAUUAUGUAUUCCGCAGAGGGCGCCACAUACGUUUUUCAGCGCUCAUUUAAUACGUUAAUAUUUUUAUACUCCACUCUACAUACUUUUUGAAUCAAAACUUUUAUUCUCUUAAGAGGCUACAGUAGCGAUCAACAGGUAGCCACAAACGCGUUCCAAGAUUGCGGCUCUAAUUUUAAAUAUUUUGUCGAGAUAUUUGGCACACAUAUUCGUAAUAUAAUAAAGAAU